UGACGCACAGGAAGUUGGGCAUAUUCCUCUGCAUUCUGUAAGAUAAACCAGCCUACGUAUAAAACAGUAUUACCUUGAGGAAUAAGCAUUUGGCUGCAGCAAGUCUGUUUGUAAACAACAGGUGACAACUGUGUACCUGUACUGUACAGCUACCAUGACAACCUACAGAAGGUGAGCAGGGAGUUGAGACCAUCCCCAUUCACACAGAAGUGUUAGAGGGAGCCUGAUAUGUGAUGGCUGGGGUACACAGUAAACAGAAUUUGUUAGCCUGGCCUACAAGGUGGACUUUCGUACUCCUCUCUAUCCUGAUGUGGCUACCCCUGCACCAUUGCAUGAUCUCAAGUGACACCACAUGUGCAGGUCAACAGCUGUCCCUAACCUGUACUGAAGGCUGGUUAAUUCACGUCAUCUAUGAGACCUACAGUUACAGUCCAAUGCCCUGUACCAUCAACCAGGACCCUGGCAUUAUAACAUGUACUAAGGCUGAGUUCCUGUCCCCAGUCAGUGUGGGCCACUGUAACGGACAGGACUCCUGUCUCUUUACUGUACCGACUAAUACAAUCAUAUCCUCCUGUAACCAAAUAGCCACAGCUCUCUCAGUACAUUACAAGUGUAUUCCAGAAGCCAGUGUAUUUACCAUCUGUAGUGAUACUACAUUCGAACAAACAGAACAGAUCUACCUAGCAACUCCAGAUUUCCCCAGAAACAUACUAGGACAGCAGAAAAACUGCACCUGUACUCUGAUUGGUCAAAACAUAAAUGGGACAGUUUUACAGCUGAGCCGAGAUCCUGGCAGCUCAGUGAUCAUGAUCCUAUCGACAGACCGAGGCACUCAACAUAUCAAUGGCCUAAACAUCCUCAAUACUCUCAUCUUCUCCAACCUCACUAAAGUUAACCUCUUUCUUGAAAACCAACUAGACAAACAGGUUUACAAAACUUGGUUGCAAUUUCAAGGAAAGGGAUUGUCUUUGAAGUGCCAGUAUGAGAAACCAUAUCAGCCAGUUACCAGACCUGCUAAUGUAUCUGUAGAUCCCACAAUAAGUCUGGUAACCAAUGAAAACCAUGGAGACAUUUCGUUACCUACUGAACAAGCAAACAUAAAUCAGACAUUCUCAUUGGAGCCCAAUAUCUCAGUCACUCCAACACAAACAAUCAACAACCUACCAAAUAUAACAAACUGCUCAGAAACAAAAAACAGCAAAUGUGAAAGUGACAAUACAGUCUUCACAAUUUCCUCCAGUUUACUCGAAGUCUCAUCUUUUGGUGUGAGAUCAACUGGUGUCGACUUGUCAUCACAAAUAGAAUCAACUAUGCAACAAGUCACCAUGGUUACAAAUGAGUUUCCCACAGAAUCUGUGACUUUUACAAAAUCUGUGAGUCAGAUUGAAACAGUGGGUAUUCCUCUUUCUGCCACCAUAUCAAUCAAGUCUUCUAAAGUUACACAACAUACAGGGAUAUCUACCCCAACAAGACAUUUGGUGACAAACACACCAAGUGCUGGAACAGCCUCAUCCAGCCUUAUCUUGAAUUCAAAUCAAAGUAAUUCAGAAUUGCAACCAACAUCACCUGCAGACAAAGAUGUUGCACUUUUGGUGAUAGUAGGAUGUUUAUCCUUUAUUUUGCUGGUUGCCAUGGUUGUGUUUACUGUCAUCAUGUGGAGACGAGCGAACACACACCAUGACACACAAGAAGAAACCCAUAUAUAUGAUGCAUAUCAUCAUGACAAUGGUAGUGUGGGACCAGAACCUACAGGAGAUGAUUUUUCUUACCAAAGUCCAGCUAAUGAAUCCAUUUUAAUAUGAACAAGGGGGAUAACCCAUGAUUUGCAGUAGAGGAUUUUCUCCUAUUCUUGUAUCAUCAUAAUUUUGAUUUUUUGUUUUGUUCGUUUUUUUGCCAUAUCUGAAAAGAUAACAGUAUUGUGUGUAAUAUGUAAGAGUGAUACUAUUGGACAUUAAAUGUAUUUCUGUUACACACUUAUAGAGAUACUUUAGUUAACUCUGUAUACUUCACUUAUUGUAAUGUAAAUAGAUAUUUCUGUGAAAA